CUCAGUGCUCAUCAAGCUCUUGUUUGCUGAUAUCCCAUUGGCCAAGGAAGUCACAUGACCAAGCCUACAGUCAGUAGGUGAAGGACUAUACAGGGGUGUGGUUACCGGGAGGCCUGAUGGGGGCUGGGAGGUCAUUAACAGCCUAGUUAGGGAGUGAGGGAGGCUUUGUUUUGCCAGCUGUUAAGUGACAAGUUUGGUGUCCGUAGUUUAGUCUUUUUUGCAUGGGACUCAGUUUGAUGAGCAUUUAUUUAGUGCUGAGGGCUGGGAGUUCAUAGAACAAGGCAGUCUCUGGCCACUCUGAAGCUAGUUCGUAAAAUACUCAUGGCCUCAAAUUUUAAGCAGAAAAUACCCUGUGAAGAUUUUUAUUCGUGGCUUUAGAUAACAAACACAGGAACUGCUUAUUCAAAAUCUGUGUUGGGGCCUGAUUUUGCUUUCAGAAAAUACUGAUAGGUCCUUGAAAAAAAGAAAAAAGGGUUGCUAUGAUGACUUGGCUUUGGGCCUGCAAACUGUGGUGACGACAUGAUCACCAAGGAAACCAAAAGAUGCAGCUUCUAAAAGGUCUCUGAAGGCUUUUCUUACCGUCGUCUGGAAUCCGAUUGGCUUAGAAGAAUGGCAUUGGGGAUGGGAGUCGAACUCUGGGGCUUGCUGUCCUAGGACACAGGGAGAGACUUGGGCUACUUUCUAGGUUAUUGGGAGAUUUGGCUCGGAUGAUUAUGCUGCUGAAAGAACAGGAAAUGAGGAUUCACAGAUGGAUUCAGUGGAAAAGACAACAAACAGAAGUGAACAGAAAUCAAGCAGAAAGUUUUUGAAAAGCCUCAUCCGAAAGCAGCCCCAGGAACUGCUGCUGGUCAUUGGGACCGGUGUCAGUGCAGCGGUGGCCCCGGGAAUCCCCGCCCUCUGCUCGUGGAGGAGCUGCAUUGAGGCCGUCAUCGAGGCUGCGGAGCAGCUGGAGGUGCUGCACCCCGGGGACGUCGCCGAGUUCCGCAGGAAGGUGACGAAGGACCGGGACCUGCUGGUUGUUGCCCACGAUCUGAUCCGGAAGAUGUCGCCUCGGACAGGCGACACCAAGCCCAACUUCUUCCAGGACUGCCUGAUGGAGAUCUUCGACAACCUGGAGCAGCACAUCCAGAACCCGCUGGUGCUGCAGUCGAUCCUCGGCCUGAUGGAGCGGGGCACGAUGGUCCUGACCACCAACUAUGACAACCUGCUGGAGAUCUUCGGGCAGCAGCAGAACAAGCCCAUGGAGUCCUUGGACUUGAAGGACAAGACUAAGGUCCUUCAGUGGGCGAGAGGACACAUCAAAUACGGGGUUCUCCACAUCCAUGGCUUGUACACAGACCCCUGUGGGUUGGUGUUGGACCCGUCAGGAUAUAAGGAUGUGACUCAAGACCCGGAAGUAAUGGAAGUUCUCCAGAACCUAUACCGCACCAAGUCCUUCCUGUUUGUGGGCUGUGGAGAGACCCUUCGCGACCAGAUAUUCCAGGCGCUCUUCCUGUACUCGGUGCCGAAUAAGGUGGAUCUGGAGCACUACAUGGUUGUGCUCAAGGAGAGCGAGGACCACUUCUUCAAGCACCAGGCAGACAUGCUGCUGCACGGGAUCAAGGUCGUGUCCUACGGGGACUGUUUCGACUAUUUUCCAGGAUACGUGCAGGACCUUGCCGUUCAGAUCUGCAAACAGCGCAGUCCAGUACCCGGAGGACCAGGACCCACUGUGAACCCCAAUGAGCUCGGGCUCCUGGAGCGCCUUCCUGUCCCCACCGAGGCCCCUUUUCCAGACCUUGGCAGCUGCCAGGGGCCUGAAAGAUCUUUGGGACUUGUUAUCUACGCCGACCGAGUGGACAGCACCACGCUGCUGGGUAGCGCCUGUCAGGACUGCGCGAAGAGGAAGUCGGAAGAGAACGGGAUCGAAGUGUCGAAGAAGCCCCGGCGAGCAGAUGAUGCUGGAGGGUCUUGAAAUCUUUAAAACCAAUAAAACCUGCAACUUGAAAACCAGCCUUCUGUACCCACAGUGCCAUACCCAGACGACGAGGAAUGUUCAGAGAACGCCACACGGAUCUCUCACUUCUAAACUGUCACGUACCCCGAAAGAGCCACGUGGGGGUGUGGCCCUCAGAGGCCGGUGAGCGUCCCACCGUGAGUUAGCCGCUUGGGAGGCGAAGCACACGCUCAGGUAGCCUUGGCGGCCUGGUGGACAGCUACCUCAGGGACGGGAGGGACCCGGGUUCUGGCUCCCAUCGGACAUGCUCUCUUGGUCAUGGUGGUUUUUCCUAAUAAAAGGGGGAGAAUGAAGACUGUCCAAGCAACAGUAGUUGCCAAAGAGAAAAUAAGAAACCGGACUCUUAAAUUUUAUAAUUUUUAUGUGGAAACAUCUAUUACUGUAGGAAGAAAUUUAAAGUAUGUUUGUUAUGUCGGCAAAUAGUAAAGUAUGAAUGGACAGUUGCGUUCCA